AUGGCCAAGAUAAACUGUUACAGUCAACUCAUUGCAAAAGACUUGAAUGAAGCCUACUUUUUGCCAUAUACUAUUUCUUCCUAUCACAAAGACGCCAAGUUCCAUAACGACAAGAAAUACUUGGUUUUUGACCGUCGAAGAGACAUGAAAACCGUAGACACGUUACCACCUAUAAGACAUCUUGCAACAAUAGGUAAUGCAGUCGUAAGUUUGGUAGACAUAAAGCCUGACAGUCUCCAAUUAGAUCACUGGAACAAGUGGCUGUCGGUUUUCGCAGCCGCAGAGGUGAAAUCCAUCGAAGAAGGUUUUGCGGACGAUAUCCCAGUUGUGAGCACCGGACCGUUGCAGUGUCUACCAGCAAAGAAGCAUGCCAUUGAUCCUGAACUGCAUGCAGAAUUGCUUUGCAAAAGCACAAUCCCGCUAAUUGGAGUUCCAACUCCUCAACUCAUUGAAGAGGGCAACAUUUCCUUCCCAUGCAUGCUCAAAGUUGAUCAAUCGAGCGCUGGACACGGAAACUAUAUAGUUCACAAUUCCCAAGAGCUAAAACAAGUCGUGGCAGAGAUUAGGGACAAGUGCUUCUGGACGGGAAAGUACAUCUUGCAAGAAUACAUACCAGACGCUGUAACUAUGGGAUAA